AUGUCAUCGGCUGAGCUGGAGGUUUUGGAAUAUCUGAACGGACACAAGGACGAGGUCAAGGGAUUGAAGAUUGUACGGGUGUCUGGAAGGGAAAUUCUGUACUCCUCGUCCAGGGACAAGAAGGUCUUCAGCUGGGACCUGCACAGCAAGAUCGACUCUGAGUUUGGGAAGAUACUGAAGCUGUAUGAUGGAGGGCAUAGCAAAAGGAUCAACGGGCUUGAUGUGUCCAAGGAUGGGAACAUGAUGGUGACUGUUGGGUCUGAUGGGAUAGGAAGGAUCUGGGAUACCGAGAGCAAGAAGUCGAUUCUCCUUGAGGGGCACGGCAGGGAUGUUCUAUGUGUAAGCAUCAAUAGCAACGACACGAAGAUAGUCACCGGGUCUGUUGACAGGACGAUGAAUCUCUACAACACAAAGGGGGAUCUUGUUCUGAAGAUGGGAAGGGACAUGGAGAUGAUGCAUCGGGGAUGGAUCAAUUGCGUUACAUUCCAUCCGACCGAGGAGAGCAUUCUUGCCAGCGGGUCUGCAGACGGGACUGUGAAGAUCUGGGAUCUGGAUACCCAGGAGCAUCUGCAGACGUAUCUUGGAGGAGCAUAUGUUGACUAUGAGAAGGCAAAGGAGAAGAAGACCAGUCCUGUUGACUACGACGAGUCAAAGAGUGUCACUGCGAUGGCGUUUUCGAAGGACGGGUCGAUUUUGACGUAUGGAGAGAAGAGUGGGAAGAUGUAUCUUGUGAAGGUGGACAGUAAGGAAUGCAUCCAGAGCUUUGAUGCAAUUGUUCCUGUCAGAUCGAUUGCUGUUGGGGAGACGGAGCCCGUGAUUGCCUUGGGGACGGACGAGUCUGUGAUCAUUUGGGAAACGAUCAGCUCGAGAGUCAUUGCAAGCUACAACCUUAAGGAGAUUGGAAAUGGGGUGCGAUGCCUGUCCUUGGCAUUUUCCGGAAGCACUCUCUACUGCGGGCUGUCCACUGGGGCUAUUGUUCCGCUGGAGCUUAGAAAGUCUGAUUAA